CACUCACCAACAGAUGUCCUUUCUGAGCUAUAUACUGUCUAUUUAUAUCCUUGUGACAGUCAGCGCAGUGUCAGGUUUUCCAGCGACUUCCAAAGAGGGGGGCAGUGGGCAAGUCCCCCCUGUUCAUGCCAUUCUUCGCCAUAUUCUUACUUCUCUCUUUUAAACAGAGCUGCCUGAUUCUUAGAUCUCGCUCACAUCUGCAUACAAGGUAGCUGUGACCAUGAGCACUGCUACCUAUCAUAUCUCCAGUCUGCUGGAGAAAAUGACUUCCAGUGACAAGGACUUCAGGUUUAUGGCAACAAAUGACUUGAUGGUGGAGCUGCAGAAAGACUCCAUAAAGUUGGAUGAGGACAGUGAAAGAAAAGUGGUGAAGAUGUUACUGAAACUGUUGGAGGAUAAAAAUGGAGAGGUGCAGAACCUGGCAGUGAAAUGCCUGGGUCCCCUGGUGGGAAAGGUGAAGGAGUAUCAGGUGGAGACCAUUGUGGACACGCUGUGCAGUAACAUGCUCUCCGACAAGGAGCAACUGAGAGAUAUCUGCAGCAUUGGAUUAAAAACAGUCAUAUCUGAGCUCCCGGCUGCAAGCACAGGUUCAGCUUUGGCUGCCAACGUGUGCCGGAAGAUCACUGGGCAGCUGACUGGGGCCAUUGGGAAGCAGGAAGAUGCAUCGGUGCAGCUGGAAGCCCUGGACAUCUUGUCUGACAUGCUGGGAAGGUUAGGGGGAACUCUCUUCACUUUCCACCCGUCUAUACUGAGCUGCCUCCUGCCCCAGCUUACCAGCCCACGACUGGCUGUGAGGAAAAGAGCCAUUUUGGCCCUGGGACAACUGGUGCACACUUGCAAUGGGAAUCUGUUCUCUGAACUUGUAGAGCAUCUUCUGGGGGAGCUGCAAAAGAACGAGUCUACAUCUACCACUAGAACUUACAUCCAGUGUGUGGCAACUGUCAGCUGGCAGGCUGGGCACAGACUAGGCCCACACUUAGAACGAAUUGUGCCUCUUGUGGUGGAGUUCUGUAGGGUAGAAGAUGAUGAGCUGCAGGAGCAGUGCUUCCAGGCUCUGGAGUCCUUCAUCAGACGCUGCCCAAAAGAGAUUUCCUCACAUGUACCCACCGUCAUGGAGCUGUGCCUGAAAUAUAUUGCCUAUGAUCCUAACUACAACUAUGACAGUGAGGAUGAGGAUGCUAUGGAGACGGAGAGUGAGGAAGAACAAGAGAGUGAUGACGAGUACAGUGAUGAUGAUGAUAUGAGUUGGAAGGUGAGACGCUCUGCUGCCAAGUGCCUGGAAUCACUAAUCAGUGCCAGGCCAGACCUUUUGCAAGAGUUCCACCAAACAGCUGCCCCAGCCCUUAUCCUGCGUUUCAAAGAGCGGGAGGAGAACGUCAAAGCAGAUGUCUUCUCUGCUUACAUCGCCCUUCUUAGGCAGACACGUUCCGCCCAGAGCUGGAAGCAAACUGUGGACAUCUCUAGUCGAGGUUACACACCACUCAGUGCUCUGCAAAACCAGGUUCCCUCUGUGAUGAAAUCUCUAUACAAACUGCUCAGGGACAAGAGUGCCAAGUCUCGCCAGGGCUGCUUUGCUGUUCUCACAGAGUUAACCAAUGCUCUGCCAGGUUGCCUGUCUCCGCAUAUCCCUACCCUGGUCCCAGGGCUUGUUUUCUCCCUCACGGACAAGUCGAGCACCUCCAAUAUGCGCCUGGAUACUUUGAGUUUUCUGCAUGUUGUGUUAAGCAGCCACCCCCCUGAGUGCUUCCAGACCCAUCUUCCAGCCCUUAUGCCUUCGGUGGUCACCUGCAUCUAUGACUCCUUCUAUAAAAUAACUUCAGAGGCCCUGCUGGUGGCCCAACAACUUAUCAGAGUGAUCCGACCUCUGGACAAGGCUCUGGACAAGGCUUCUGACACCUCAACCUACACAAAGGAACUAUUCAAUGCCAAUCUGAAAAGACUGCAAGCAGCUGACAUAGACCAGGAAGUGAAGGAAAGGGCCCUCUCUUGUAUGGGACACCUAAUUUGUCACCUUGGGGACCAGUUGGGAAAGGAUUUGCAGCCCACCCUUCAAAUAAUCCUAGAAAGACUCCGAAAUGAGAUCACCCGUCUCACUGCUGUGAAAGUAAUUACCCUGAUCGCAGGGUCCCCACUGAAGAUUGACCUGAGGCCACUACUGAAGGACGCUUUGCCUAUUUUGGCCUCUUUCUUGAGGAAAAACCAGAGAGCUCUGAGACUGGGGACUCUUACUGCCCUUGGUGUAUUGGUGAGGAAUUACAGUGAUUGCUUGAAGCCAGGUAUGGUAGAUCCUUUACUCGGAGAACUGCCUGCCCUGCUAGCUGAAUCAGACAUGCAUGUGGCUCAAGUCACUGUGGACUUCCUCACCACUCUGGUGGCUGCUUACCCAGCGGCACUACCUAAACUGGGACCCAGCAUCCUUCCUCAGCUCUUUCAAUUGGUUCACUCCCCUCUCCUCCAAGGUGGUGCUCUCACCUCCAUCUUGUCUUUCCUGCGUGCUUUAGUUCUAAGCCAUACUCCUCAUCUGGGCUAUCCAGAGCUGGUCAAACAAUUGACAGGGCCCAUAUACUCUGCAGGACCUGCACUCCACAAACAAGCCUACCACUCUGUUGCGAAAUGUGUGGCUGCCUUAGCAAGUGCCUGUCCAAAAGAAUCCAAUGCUUCCAUAACACAGUUCAUACAGGAUGCCAAGAGCACCCGCGUGGGGGAUCCUGUGAAAGUAUUAGCCUUUUUGGCUCUAGCUGAGAUUGGACAUGAAAGGAGCUUAGGAGGGCAGCAGCGUGAGCUGAAAAGUGUUAUUUUAGAGGCAUUUGCCUCACCCAGUGAAGAUGUCAAAUCUGCGGCAUCUUAUGCUUUGGGGAAUGCCAGUGUUGGGGGCCCUGCAGACUUUUUGCCCUUUUUGCUGCACGAGAUUGGCGGGCAGCCUAAAAGACAAUACCUAUUGCUCAAUUCACUUAAAGAAGCACUGGCCUCUCUUCCAAGUGAAGAGCUAAAACCAUACCAGGAAGAUGUAUGGAAACUACUGCUCCAACACUGUGAAGCUGCAGAAGAGGGAACCAGAAAUGUAGUGGCAGAAUGCCUGGGAAAACUUAUUUUGGUGAAUCCCUCUCAGCUCCUUCCCAGGCUGUGCAAACAGAUUAGCUCAGGUUCACCCCAUACUCGUAGCACUGUGGUUACUGCCAUUAAAUUUACCAUCUCUGACCAGCCAGCUCCCAUUGACUCCUUGCUCCACAAGUCCAUUGGUGAAUUCUUGAAAACCCUGAAGGAUCCCGACCCCAAUGUUCGCCGCGUAGCUCUGGUUAUGUUUAACUCUGCAGCACAUAACAAGCCUUCCCUGGUUAGAGAUUUGCUUAACAUUGUUCUACCUCCCCUGUACAACGAGACUAAGGUCAGAAGGGAGCUAAUCCGGGAGGUGGAGAUGGGUCCGUUUAAACACACGGUAGACGAUGGCUUGGACGUGCGGAAGGCAGCAUUCGAAUGCAUGUACACACUGCUGGAGAGCUGCCUGGAUCAGAUCGACAUCUACGAAUAUUUAAAUCACGUGGAUGAUGGGCUGAAAGAUCACUAUGAUAUAAGGAUGCUUACCUUCAUCAUCCUAACGCGCCUGUCUGCCCUUUGCCCGGCUGCUGUUCUCCAGCGCUUAGACCAGCUCAUUGAACCUCUGAGGUCCACGUGCACUACAAAGGUGAAAGCUGGGUCAGUAAAACAAGAGUUUGAGAAGCAAGAUGAACUCAAGCGCUCGGCAAUGAGAACAGUCACUGCUUUGCUCAAUAUACCUGAAGUGGAGAACAGCCGGGCUAUGACAGAAUUCCUGUCCCAGAUCAGAGCCAACUCGGAGCUUUCUUUACUGUUUGAAAAUGUGCAGAAAGACACAGUGUCGCUAUGCAGUGCGGAGUCGAUGGAAAUAAGCUAAUGGUCCUUGCCCGAGCUUCCCAAUGCAGUCCAUAGCUCUGUGCCACUGCUCAAUUCACCCUAGAGACCCUUAUGUUGUGGUCUGAAAUGUUCCUAUUAUACUGAAGGGUCCUGCAAACAGAUCAGACAGCAAAAGGCUUUUCUUUACUUGACUUACCAAGGGGCACAGGUUGGGGUAAUGUUCCCUCUGAAUCCACAUUGCUACCAAACAAGUUGAUCAAGAAUUCGAGCACAGACACCCUAAUGUCCCCACUGAUAUCAAAAUAAGCAUCUUCCCAUGAUAUGAAAUGAUGCCAUAAUAUUGUUACAGGGAAACUCAGUUCUUCACACAUUUAUAGAGCCAUAAAAAAACGAAUUGCUGCUACACACACUCUCCUCUAACUAUGUCACAUAACCCAAUAAAUGUACAAACACAGCAGAACCGCAACAGCGUGACUGUCACAAGGGCUAAAAGGGUGAGAUGCAUGUUAAAGGCAUAGUGUGCUCUGACAGAUACCAUUGCCUUUAAAGCCAUGUUAUGAAUGUUACAUUAAGCCAUCAGUGCAGAGACUAAACACUCAAUUCUAAGUCUGGAUUCUAAUGAAAAAAAAAUAAAUAAAGUUAAUGUUCAGAA